AUGCCGCGCAAGCCGGUUGCUAACUUCCUGUCGUGGGCGUCGAAUGUGCUCGAGGCUGUCGACCAAUCAGCGGCGAGCUUGAGCGACGCCACAAAUCCUCAUCGGAGGAAGCACCGGCGCGAGUGGGGCGCGGCGACGGACGGGCAGGUGUCGGACUCGGCGUGGGUGGACGCGAGCGACGGCGACGGCAGCAGCGCCGGGUACGCCAGCGACCACCUCCUAACGCUGGGGGGGCGCCGCGCCUGGGAAGGCCCGGAGGGGCGACGUGCAGUGGCGGGCGGAGGAGGGCUGGAGUCGGGGGGUGAGCGCGGGGAGGGGCGGGCGGAGAGCAGAGAGGUGCUGGGCGGGGUGGUGGAGGGGGAGGGGGAGGGGGGCGGUUGGGGCACGCAUGGCAGUGUGGGGGAGCGUGGUGGGAGCGCUAGUGGGCGGGGGCUUGCGAGCAGCAGCAGCCUGGGUGGUGUGGGGCGUGGAGGUGGGGAACAGCGGGACGCAGAGGAGGGUAGUGCGCGUGCAGGCGGGGGGCAUGCGGCAGGCAGUGGCAGCAGCGGUGGUGGCUUGAGGCGUGCAAGGGAGGGUGGCGCUGCUGCUGCGGGCGGCCAGUGGGGUGGCGAGGGAAGCGCAUUGAGCGGCACGGGCGAGUGGCAUGCACACGAGUUCGAGGCGUGGGGCGGCGAGUGGGAGAUGCAAGGAGGGGGGGACGAAGGAGGGGAGGGAGCUGGUGAGGAGGCGAGAGAGGAUCGUGGGGGGGUGCAGCGGAAGGGUACAGGAGAAGAAUCACAACGCAAGGAAGGUCCAAAUGGAGAAACGGGAGAACCUGCAGAUGAUAGGGAUGAGGGGGCUGGUGCAGCAGUGGCAGCAGGGCGAGGUGAAGUUGGGGGAAGCAGCACGAGUGGCAGCAGCGGAUCUGCCGGUGUGGCCACGCUCCCAAGCGGCGCGAGCGGCAGCGUUGGCAAAGCCGCUAUGAGUGCGAAGAGCAGCAGCACAGCUGCAGAGGAGCCCGGUGAUGCAGAGAGUGACAGCGCGGCUGCACCGCUGUCCACAAGUCUCGCCAGCAUGGCGGGCGGCAGCAGCAACAACAUGGCAGGCAGCAGCAGCAGCAGGCGGGGGCUGUUGGGGGCGCAGGUGCCUCGGGUGCUGGCGGUGGCGCGCAGCCCGUCGGUGGAGAUGGACGCCAUGCGGGCGUGGCGCCGGCGCAUGGAGGCACACGCGUGGACCAGCCCUGCCAUGCGCUCCGAGUUUGACCACGCCAGCCGCGAGUGCAGCCAGAUGGAGGCGCGGGUGUCAGUAGUGGUGGGCGAGAUAGAGCGGCUGCAGCAGGCGGCACAGCACAUGGCUGACAGGGCGGCCCAGGAGAUCGGCAGCCUGCAUGCUGAGCUGGCAGCUGCCACAUCAGCGCUGGAGCAGGAGAGGUCAAAACAUGCUGCUACACGCCACGAGGCGGAGGAGCGGGAGGGGACGCUGAGGGAGGAGCAGGCAGGGCAGGCGAGGGCAGUGGCGCGGAUUAAGAGGCAGAUGGAGGAGCGCGUGGCGGAGCACACGCGGGUCACUCACUGCAUUCAAGACCUUGAGGCGCGGCACAGCCUGCUCACUGCACGCCUGGCUGCCCUGCACGCCGCCUCGCCCGCUCGCGACAGCAGCACCGCUGCCGCCGCUGCAGUGCCCGGCCCAGCCUCCGCCACCAGUGCUGCGCCGCUGCAUGAUAACUCGGGUGGUGCUGACGCAGGUGGUGAGGCGCAGCAGCAGCAGCAGCAGCAGCAGCAGGGACAUGGUGGGAGCGAGGGGGGAGGGCAGGAUGGAUCAAGGCGUAUGCAGGGAGGUGCAGCAGAGGGGGAUGACGCGAGGCAGGGGGGAAGUGAGCAGGAUGGGAGAGGGGCUUGUGCAGAUGAGCAGCACGAGCUGGUGAGUGCACAUGCAGAUGAGCAGCACGAGCUGGUGAGUGCACAUGCAGAUGAGCAGCACGAGCUGGUGAGUGCACAUGCAGAUGAGCAGCACGAGCUGGUGAGUGCACAUGCAGAUGAGCAGCACGAGCUGGUGAGUGCACAUGCAGAUGAGCAGCACGAGCUGGUGAGUGCACAUGCAGAUGAGCAGCACGAGCUGGUGAGUGCACAUGCAGAUGAGCAGCACGAGCUGGUGAGUGCACAUGCAGAUGAGCAGCACGAGCUGGUGAGUGCACAUGCAGAUGAGCAGCACGAGCUGGUGAGUGCACAUGCAGAUGAGCAGCACGAGCUGGUGAGUGCACAUGCAGAUGAGCAGCACGAGCUGGUGAGUGCACAUGCAGAUGAGCAGCACGAGCUGGUGAGUGCACAUGCAGAUGAGCAGCACGAGCUGGUGAGUGCACGUGCAGAUGAGCAGCACGAGCUGGUGAGUGCACAUGCAGAUGAGCAGCACGAGCUGGUGAGUGCACAUGCAGAUGAGCAGCACGAGCUGGUGAGUGCACAUGCAGAUGAGCAGCACGAGCUGGUGAGUGCACAUGCAGAUGAGCAGCACGAGCUGGUGAGUGCACAUGCAGAUGAGCAGCACGAGCUGGUGAGUGCACAUGCAGAUGAGCAGCACGAGCUGGUGAGUGCACAUGCCCCUCUGUGCCCGUCCCUGCAUCUUCUCCCUUCCUCCUUCACCUGCCUUCGUCAGGCCACGUUGGAUGGCGAGGUGGCAUCUCUGAAGCACCAACUGCUCGCCCAACAGGCAGCACUGGCCAAGCAGCCGACCGCAGGGGAGCGCGAGAAGCAACUGGAGCGCCGCCUGAGGGCGCUGUCAGAGAAUGUGCAGGGCAAGCAGGCACAGGCGGAGGCGCUGAGCAGCGAGGUGGCGUGGCUGCAGCAGCAGCUGGACCACACGCGGGGGGAGCGCGCGCACCUGCUGCUGGCUGUGGGGGAGCAGGGCGGCGGCACUGGGGGCCGUUUAGGGAGGGUGGGGGGGUCGCGGGACGAGGUUGGGAGCAGGGAGAGAGGGCGGUGGCGGGGUGAGGGCAGCAGAGGGUGGGGUGGGGGCAGAGGGGUUGAGCACCGUAUGGUGGCAGCGCUGAGCUGCACCACAUGUGCUGUUCUGCUGCGCGCCUCACCUUCAUUGCCUUCCUCACCCUCCCUGCCCACCUGCAGGGAGCGAGGCAGCACGGAGGACGAUCCGAGUGGCAAGAGCAAGCGGAGGGCGCUGCGCGUGCGCGUGUGGGAGCACGUGGUGGACGCGGCACGAGCGCUGGACGCCAUGAGUCUGCGCGUUGGCAGUGCGCUGCAGCGCAACUCCUUUGUGCGCUCGCUCGUGGUGGCAUAUGUGCUUGCGCUGCACCUCUCUGUCUUCCUCGUUCUCUCCUUUGUCAGCCUCGAACAUGCUCUGCACAAAAUAUAG